AUGACAGUCUCAGGGAGUUCUGAUGAAGCCAGUCAGUUAGAUCAGCAAAUUGCUCUUCUAAUGUCUUAUGAGCCUGAAGACGCAAACGAGCACGUGUUCAUCGGUCAGCAGUAUGCCACAGUUGCCGAAGGCUUCCUGGAUCAGUGGCAGUCAAGCUCCAAUGAAACAUAUCUCGAGAAGGCCAGGAGAGCACUUGCCAAAGGCAUCGAGCUUGUGCGGACAGGGGCAGAGAUGCUCCCCUCGAGUGGCGAAGAGGGUGGCGAGAUGGAAUUUUGGGCUCUUGCAGCACAAAUGGCAACCUCGAUGUUUCAAGCUUUCUCCGAUUCUAUGGCUUUGGACCAGGCGAUUUCUUACUAUAUGAAAGCACUUGAAGCGUCAAAAGACGAAGGGGAGACGUAUGGCGCUGUUCUCUUGAAUCUAGCCAACUGCCUUAUUGAGAGGGCCGAACGUGAGGAUUCUGCAGAAAUCGCCUUGAGAGACAUCAAUGAAGCCAUUCAGAAUGGCCAAAGUACAAUUGUCGCUCUUGGUCGUAACCCUAUUUGCUUGAGUGACGUCUCAACCAUGUUUCUAACUCGGUUUGAGAAGCAAGGAGAGUUCAAUGACUUGGAUGAAGCCACAAAAUUAUCCAAAGAAGCACUGGACAAUACUAGUCCCGAAGACACGUCCAUUUCUUCAAGACAGUCUAACUUCGCACAAUGUCUCAGGUACCAAUUUCAACGGACUGGAGGCCUUGAUUAUCUUCACCAAGCCAUAGAGUUACUCACCAAGGCAAAGGAAUCCUCUUCCUCAACUACUGCUCCAACACGUACUAAGAUUCUCGGUAACCUUUCUAUGGCUCUUAAUCUUCGCUAUGAGUCACUUGGUACCAACUCAGAUCUCUUGGACGCGAUUCGGAUUUCUUCGGCUGCCCUGCAAAUCGAUGGCCUGGAAACAGAGGGCUCAGUGUACCCAGUGAUUCUUAGUAAUCUUGCCUCAUACCACCAAUCUUAUCACCAAGCCUUCCCAGACAACAACAGUAUCGACAGUGCCAUCAGCCUUGCUGAGCUUGUAGUAGAAGCUCUCAAAGACAACCCUAUGCAGUGGAGCAGGUGUCUUUACAAUCUUGCGACCAUGUUAGAUGACAAAUCAAAAACAACAUCCGGGUUAAGCGAAACGGCACGAGAUGAACUCGUUGAGAGAUCCAUCGGAUGCCUCGAGCAAUCGACUGCAGUACAGAAUCUGGACCAGUCAUUGCUAGCAAUGCAAAACGACUUCUGGAGCAGGCUGUUGCAUGGAAAAUAUCAACUUCUUGGUUCUCAGAAUCAAGACUUGUUAGAUACGGCAAUUUCCAAGGCCGCCGCCGCCGUUCAAGCCUCCAGCGAAUUGCAAGACAACCGAGGUGACUUCUUAGUUCAGUUGGCGGAUCUUCACCAAUCGAAAUUUGAGAAGUCUGGUAUCGAGCAGAGCUUUGAUGCCGCUUUACAAGCUCUUGAAGAAUGCUCAAAUAUGAAGGCGGCUCGGACUCUCACGCGUAUCACUUCGUGCCAUCGGGCUGCAUUGUUGUGUGCAAGUAAGAAACAGUUUGUCAAGGCUGCCACGUUUGCGGGAAUCGGAGCGUUACAAAAUAUCUCAGGACUGUCUAAUUUGGCUGCCGCUUUAGCCCUUGAAGCUGGUGCUACUCCUGGUAAAGCCAUGGAGCUUUUGGAGGCUGGUCGAGGCAUCGUUGCCAAGCGAUCCACGGACUUUGCACAGGGCCUUGACUCCUCAAAGCUCGACGAUAGAGGCCGGCACCUUUUGGAGACUUAUCGGCAAUUGAAACGGAGAAUCGAAGCGCCGAUGAGUAGCGAAUUCCUUGGAGAUGAAUACCCCUCGACUUUCACCGACAGCACCUCUCGCCGUUGGGAAGAUGCAAGCUCCGCUACCAACAUUGAGGAACAACUCAAGACCAACUAUGGAUUUGAUGUAAACCCACAAUUGACAGAGAAUUGCAUCAUCGAGAUAGCCUCGACAUCACCAAUAGUGGCAUUUGUGUUAACUGAGUUCCGAAGCAGCGCUCUCAUUGCAACAGGGUCCGGAAUUCAGGUGCUAGACCUACCGGACUUGAAACUCCACGAAUGUACUGAGUAUUAUGCAACUAUGCAAAUGCCAGUGAAAGAUGCGCUACGCAGUCUCGAGUUCGAGAAUGUCUUUGAAGUCAACGAAAAUCUCAAGAGAUUACUGGUCUGGCUAUGGGAUGUCGCUGUUUUGCCCGUACUGAGGCAUCUGGGCUGUUACACUUCAGGAGCUCCAUUGCCUACUACACAAGUCACGAGGAUUCAUUGGCUGACUUCGAACAUUAUGGGCCUGAUGCCUCUUCAUGCAGCAGGUCAUCAUGAUGAUGACUCAACAAACAACGCCAUAAGCCAUGUCAUGUCGAGCUAUACUACCACCAUUCUAUCUUUACGCCAUUCAAUCCGUGUAAUGGAAAACUUGACAUUAUCGAAACGUCUCAGUCAAUCAAAGAUGGCCAUCAUAGGAAUGACAAAAACUCCAGGCCCGUGGCCCGAUUUUGACAAGGUGCCUGAUCACCUUCAAGCCGUGAGGCAGUUCAUUACAGAUGAAAGCAACACGACAUAUCGGGAGAACUGCACAUGUUCCGAUGCCCUUGAUGCACUUUGCGCGUCCCAAAUGGCACAUAUAGUCUGCCAUGGUAUCUCACAAAGAGACCCAUCCAACAGCUCGCUCAUUCUUUGCAGAAAAGAACACUCCGAGUCGAGUGAAGAAUCUGAGCUUGUGGAAGAUCCUCUGAGUGUCCGACAGAUUGCUAGUAGAGGAUCCCGGAACUCUUUCUUGGCGUACCUGGCAGCUUGCCAGACAGCCGACAAGACAGCAACGGGCGUAUUGGAGGAAAACAUUCACAUUGUGGGUGCCUUUCAGUUGUUGGGGUACGCGAAUGCUAUUGGUACUCUAUGGGAGGUCGAAGAAAAGGCAUCUGUCGUAUUUGCAACCGAGUUCUAUGCAUCUCUGGCUCGUCGAGCUCAGACGUGUAGUCAAAGCAAUAGUCAUUAUCCAGCAGACAUGGUUGCUGCGGCAUUUCAUGACGCGAUGAUAUUUCUUCGGUUGCAAGAUCCUGAGUAUGUAAUUACUUGGGGACCAAUGGUACACUUUGGUCCUUGA